AUGGUUCCGAAAAGUUCCGGACGGGAGCAGAUCGAUUUGCUCGUGUCGCCUCAUUUUCGGGAAAUUCAUGGGAAGGCCCUCGCCGCAUCAUCGCCCCCGUGUAGCCUCUUUCUGCGAGAGGUCCCCCAGCCCGCUGCCCUCCAUCCCUCCCUCACUGCCCUCCAUCCCUCCCUCACUGCCCUCCAUCCCUCCCUCACUGCCCUCCAUCCCUCCCUCACUGCCCUCCAUCCCUCCCUCACUGCCCUCCAUCCCUCCCUCACUGCCCUCCAUCCCUCCCUCACUGCCCUCCAUCCCUCCCUCACUGCCCUCCAUCCCUCCCUCACUGCCCUCCAUCCCUCCCUCACUGCCCUCCAUCCCUCCCUCACUGCCCUCCAUCCCUCCCUCACUGCCCUCCAUCCCUCCCUCACUGCCCUCCAUCCCUCCCUCACUGCCCUCCAUCCCUCCCUCACUGCCCUCCAUCCCUCCCUCACUGCCCUCCAUCCCUCCCUCACUGCCCUCCAUCCCUCCCUCACUGCCCUCCAUCCCUCCCUCACUGCCCUCCAUCCCUCCCUCACUGCCCUCCAUCCCUCCCUCACUGCCCUCCAUCCCUCCCUCACUGCCCUCCAUCCCUCCCUCACUGCCCUCCAUCCCUCCCUCACUGCCCUCCAUCCCUCCCUCACUGCCCUCCAUCCCUCCCUCACUGCCCUCCAUCCCUCCCUCACUGCCCUCCAUCCCUCCCUCACUGCCCUCCAUCCCUCCCUCACUGCCCUCCAUCCCUCCCUCACUGCCCUCCAUCCCUCCCUCACUGCCCUCCAUCCCUCCCUCACUGCCCUCCAUCCCUCCCUCACUGCCCUCCAUCCCUCCCUCACUGCCCUCCAUCCCUCCCUCACUGCCCUCCAUCCCUCCCUCACUGCCCUCCAUCCCUCCCUCACUGCCCUCCAUCCCUCCCUCACUGCCCUCCAUCCCUCCCUCACUGCCCUCCAUCCCUCCCUCACUGCCCUCCAUCCCUCCCUCACUGCCCUCCAUCCCUCCCUCACUGCCCUCCAUCCCUCCCUCACUGCCCUCCAUCCCUCCCUCACUGCCCUCCAUCCCUCCCUCACUGCCCUCCAUCCCUCCCUCACUGCCCUCCAUCCCUCCCUCACUGCCCUCCAUCCCUCCCUCACUGCCCUCCAUCCCUCCCUCACUGCCCUCCAUCCCUCCCUCACUGCCCUCCAUCCCUCCCUCACUGCCCUCCAUCCCUCCCUCACUGCCCUCCAUCCCUCCCUCACUGCCCUCCAUCCCUCCCUCACUGCCCUCCAUCCCUCCCUCACUGCCCUCCAUCCCUCCCUCACUGCCCUCCAUCCCUCCCUCACUGCCCUCCAUCCCUCCCUCACUGCCCUCCAUCCCUCCCUCACUGCCCUCCAUCCCUCCCUCACUGCCCUCCAUCCCUCCCUCACUGCCCUCCAUCCCUCCCUCACUGCCCUCCAUCCCUCCCUCACUGCCCUCCAUCCCUCCCUCACUGCCCUCCAUCCCUCCCUCACUGCCCUCCAUCCCUCCCUCACUGCCCUCCAUCCCUCCCUCACUGCCCUCCAUCCCUCCCUCACUGCCCUCCAUCCCUCCCUCACUGCCCUCCAUCCCUCCCUCACUGCCCUCCAUCCCUCCCUCACUGCCCUCCAUCCCUCCCUCACUGCCCUCCAUCCCUCCCUCACUGCCCUCCAUCCCUCCCUCACUGCCCUCCAUCCCUCCCUCACUGCCCUCCAUCCCUCCCUCACUGCCCUCCAUCCCUCCCUCACUGCCCUCCAUCCCUCCCUCACUGCCCUCCAUCCCUCCCUCACUGCCCUCCAUCCCUCCCUCACUGCCCUCCAUCCCUCCCUCACUGCCCUCCAUCCCUCCCUCACUGCCCUCCAUCCCUCCCUCACUGCCCUCCAUCCCUCCCUCACUGCCCUCCAUCCCUCCCUCACUGCCCUCCAUCCCUCCCUCACUGCCCUCCAUCCCUCCCUCACUGCCCUCCAUCCCUCCCUCACUGCCCUCCAUCCCUCCCUCACUGCCCUCCAUCCCUCCCUCACUGCCCUCCAUCCCUCCCUCACUGCCCUCCAUCCCUCCCUCACUGCCCUCCAUCCCUCCCUCACUGCCCUCCAUCCCUCCCUCACUGCCCUCCAUCCCUCCCUCACUGCCCUCCAUCCCUCCCUCACUGCCCUCCAUCCCUCCCUCACUGCCCUCCAUCCCUCCCUCACUGCCCUCCAUCCCUCCCUCACUGCCCUCCAUCCCUCCCUCACUGCCCUCCAUCCCUCCCUCACUGCCCUCCAUCCCUCCCUCACUGCCCUCCAUCCCUCCCUCACUGCCCUCCAUCCCUCCCUCACUGCCCUCCAUCCCUCCCUCACUGCCCUCCAUCCCUCCCUCACUGCCCUCCAUCCCUCCCUCACUGCCCUCCCACGCACCUUGUUCCAGAACUCUCUGGUGCCCCAUCCUUUAGUGCGAUCUGGAGCGUCCGUGACAACCAGCUUAUUGAGGUACGUCGAAACGAACCUCGAAAACGGGUUCCGCACGAACGUGAAUUUGAACAGCCCUUUCACACACUGUCCACCUCACUUUCCUCCCUCCCCCCAACCCACACCCACCUUGUUCCAGAACUCUCUGGUGCCCCAUCCUUUUGUCCUGUCAGGCGCAUCAGUCACCACCAGCUUGUUCAAAUACGUUGAUACUCACCUUUAA